UUCACAAUGGCGGCGAAACCAUGUCAAUUUAAACUUUUCUGUCUAAGUUGGCUAUCCGGAGCGGUUCUUUUUCUUAACACAUUUAUUAAUGCUAGUGACUUGACGUGGGAUGAAAACGGAUAUAUUGUGUACUGCCCGUGCAUGGGUCGGUUCGGGAACCAGGCGGACCAUUUCCUCGGCUCGCUGGCUUUUGCCAAACUGCUGAACCGGACUUUAGCGGUUCCGCCGUGGAUCGUUUAUCGGCACCACGCGCCUCCGUACACUAAUGUGCAUGUUCCCUACAGUGAAUAUUUCCAGCUGGAGCCGCUCAAGCAGUACCAUCGUGUGGUGAGUCUUGAGUACUUCAUGGACCAUCUGGCUCCUACACACUGGCCACCAGGCCAGAGAUCUGCUUACUGCUUUGAGUCAGCCGUCCAGCGGAGUUCAGAUAAGAAGAGCUGCCCUAUGAAGGAUGGAAAUCCCUUUGGUCCAUUCUGGGACCAUCUUGGAGUGGACUUUGACCGUUCUGUCCCGUUUGGUGGCCUGUAUUUCAGCUCCUACUAUAUUCCACAUUGGAUUAAAAGGUUUCCCCCAACGGAGCACCCAGUGCUGGCUCUUCCUGGAGCUCCAGCUCAAUUUCCUGUUUUAGAGGAGCAUGUGGGUCUGCAGCGUUAUGUUGUGUGGAAUGAGAAGAUUGUGCAGGAUGGGGAGAAGCACAUCAGCACACUGCUUGCCAGACCUUUUGUCGGUAUUCAUCUCCGUAUUGGAUCAGACUGGCAAAAUGCCUGCAAAAUGCUGGAGACAGGUGAUGCUGGUCCCCACUUCAUGGCUUCACCUCAGUGUGUGGGUUAUGACCGACAGACAGCACUGCCACUGACCAUGACUAUGUGUUUGCCUGACCUGAAGGAAAUCCUGCGUGCUGUAAAGUUUUGGGUGAAAAAGAUCGAUGCUCAGUCUGUCUACAUUGCCACUGAUUCUGAGUCUCACAGCUCCGAUAUUGAGAAACUCUUCAAAGGAAAGGUAAAGGUGGUCAGUGUUCAUCCAGAUGUGGCUCAGCUUGACUUGUACAUCUUGGGCCAAGCCGACCACUUUAUAGGCAACUGUGUCUCAUCAUUUUCAGCCUUUGUUAAGCGAGAAAGAGAUAUCCAUGGCAAAUCCUCCUCUUUCUUUGGCAUGGACUACCUUGUCAAAAAGAAGGGAAAAGAGGAACUUUAGAAACCAUCUUGCACUUAAGUGUUCAUAACUGUUAAAUCUGACUUCUUUAGUGAUCUCAGGUGAAUAAUUUACGGAAGAGUAAGGCUUAAAAAGGUUUUUGAUACAAAAAGUCUCAGACUAGUUUAGAACAUUCCAUGCUUAGAAAUAACCGUGUUGAAAAAUAGCACACAUAUGUAUAGUAUUCACAGGAUUUUACAUUUUAUUUUAAUGCACUUCUGUUUAUUUAGUUGUUUAAUUGAUAAAAAAAAUGCUGAUAUAUACAUGUACUUCAUGUUCACUUACAGUAAAAUACAAUAGAAUGUACACUACAGAACUCCUGAAUGACCUCUUACCUUUUCAUACUAAAUUAAAUUAUAAAAAUUAAAUGAAAAAAGUUUUUUUUUA